AUGGUUGAUAAGUUAGACAAGAUAUGCGAUGUUGCUAGAGGUGACGGGAUUGUAGAUUUGAUCAAUGUCGAAUCAGAACUUUCACGAAAAGGAAAAUCGAAAGGAAGCAGCAGCAGUAGCAGCAACAGUGUGUUCAAAAGGGUUCGUUUAGAUUACUCAGUUGGUGGACACAAAGCUGCUGUUUCUUGUGUAGCGUUUUCUCAGGAUCAGGAAAAAGACAGCAAAAAUAACAGAGAUUUUCUCCAUUUGAAUAUUGACCUGAACAAGAAGGUGAAUUGGCUAUGCACGAAUCAUUCUGAUUCUGAGAAUCUUGUGGUCUGUGACACAACAAGAUUAGUGAGAGAUUCAUAG